UUUUUACCGGCCUGCUUUAGACGCCGCUGCCGCCGCGCGUCCUUCCGCUCCGUUUCCCAGCGCCGCCUCGGUUUAAACCGGGCUUAAACUAAGGUCAGCGCCACACGCCUGCUUGCCGCGCGUCUAGGGUCGUCGCCCUAUCCAUGUGGGAUCCCUGAUGGGCAGCUGGUCUCGCGGUGCCGUGCUGGAGCUGUACAGGGCGCUGCUCCGCGCUGGGCGUCACCUUCAGUACACCGACCGGAACUACUACCGCCGGGCCGUGGCUCGCGAGUUUCGGCGCUGCCAGGACCUGACUGUGCCUGAAGACAAGGAGGAAGCGCUGAGGAGGGGCCAGUUCUUUCUCAGCAGCAGGCUGGGCGGGCUUAUGUAGGCUCGGGGAACACCUGGAGGCGGGUCAAGAGGGGUCGUCGUGAGCUGCAUCUCUCAGUGGCAGGAUGGCCGGGGUGAACGGAGACCGUAAAGGGAAAAAAGAUGACAACGGCAUCGGAACCGCUAUCGACUUCAUGCUUUCCAAUGCCAAGCUGGUGCUGGGGGUGGGCGGGGCGGCCAUGCUCGGCAUCGCAACACUAGCCGUCAAACGAAUGUACGACCGGACCAUAAGUGCCCCCACCAGCCCCACCAAGAUGCAGCAGACAGGAAAGAGGAGCUGGGAGGAGCCCGCCUGGGUGGGCUCGUCACCGCGGACCCUCAACCACGACAUGAAGUCCACGGUUAGCAGGUCCCUCCAGUCUCUGCCCACGUCCUCACGUUCUUUUGAACCAGACAGCUUUCUCGGAGGAUUGUUACUCUUUCUUUUCAACUGCCUGCGGAGGGCUGUGGGUCGCUCCGCGCUGGGAGGAAGCGGCGCCGCCCAGUCCAGCCUGACGCGGGCCCGGAUGCGUCUCUCCCUGCAGGAAAGCCUGUGGGACUUCUACCAAACCCGGGUCAACAUCCCCGCCGAGGAGCAGGCCACGGCCAGGCGGGCGGCGCUGGACAUCUGCGCAGAGCUCCGAGUCUUUCUCCACGCCAAGCUGCCCGACAUGCCGCUCAGAGAGAUGUACCUCAGCGGCAGUCUCUACGACGACCUCCAGGUGGUGACGGCGGACCACGCCCAGCUGAUGGUACCUCUCAUCUUGGAAAAGAAUCUGUGGUCGUCCAUUCCCGGGGAGGACACCAUCAUGAACGUCCCGGGUUUCUGGCUCGUCCGCAGGGAGAACCUGGAGUACUUCCCGCGGGGCAACAGCUACUGGGACCGCUGCAUGGUCGGCGGUUACCUCUCCCCCAAAUCGGUCCUGGAGGUCUUCGACAAGCUCGUCGCCGGCUCCAUCAACUGGCCCGCUAUAGGGAGCGUGCUGGACUACGUCAUCCGCCCCGUGGUCCCCUCCGAGACGCUGACCCUGGAGGUCCAGUACGAGACGGACCGGAGGCUGUACGUGGACUUCCUGCCUCUGCUGGUGAUGGAGGACGGGACCUCGCUGAUUGCCAAACCGCACCGGCUGGCCGCCGAGCGCAACGAGAACCUGUGGCGGCAGAGCUUCCGCGUGGCGGAGACGGCGCGGCUCAGGGCGCUGGAUCAGGAGGACGGGGGCUGCCGGUGCGCCUGCCUGAAGGUGGCCAAGGCGGCGUGCAAGCUCAACCCCGCCCUGCACCGCCUCAACUCCAGCCAGCUCACCAACACCAUCCUGCUGCUGAGCGAGAAGGUGGGCGACUGGACGCGCGACGCGCUGGCCGACCGCUUCCUCCAGCUGCUGCGAGCGCUGGUGGGCCACCUAGAGGCCGGGAGGCUGCCGUGCGCCCUCAGCCCUAAGGUUAACUUAUUAUGCGAGCUCACCGAACAGGAAGUGGACGAGCUGGGGUACACGCUCUACUGCGCCCUGUCGGAUCCAGAGGGGCUGCUGAGAACUGCAGUGGAGCAGCCGUAGAGGAGCAACAAACCACACGCCCACCUCGGUUGGUGUUCUUCAGUCGUGUUGAGGCUCCAGGAGGAAAAAACCUGCAUGGUAUCAUCACCUCGUUUUGUUCUUAUUACCUCUGGAAACAUCAGUGAGUAAUCGCGUUCUAGCCGCAUCUCAUUCAGCUCAGUGGAGCGACUCUCCUUCAAGCCAUUGUAUUAAUGAAGUUUAGAGCGCUGUGCUCCAUGUCAGAUGGGUGAAACUCUGAGGGCUUCACCAUUAAGCAGAACGCGCGAAAACAGCUUUAUUUGGGCUCCUCUUGCCUCCAGAUAUAGAUGUAUUUAAUUCAGUUCAGAGUUACUAUGCCGACUGUGCUCAGCGUGUUUGAUCUAGUUUUGAUGAACCGAAUGUAAUGUGAAAUUGUGUGUAUGCCAAUUCAAAGUGUAAUAAAAUCCCAAUCAGCCGGAAGGACUCGGCAUUCUUAACUUAAAAAAAAAGUCUCUUUGUGGUUUUUCAGACCGGUUUAGCAAUAAUGAGUCCAAAAAAAAAAAAAAAAAAAGUACUUUAUGUCAGAAUCAAAGCCCUGCAUGUGUAAAUUUCAUUAAUACAGUGGCUGGUGUCUGCUUCACACAUUUCGUAGGUCAGGCCCUUGCAGAAGUAUUCACACCCCAUGAAGGUUUCCCCCGUUUUGUCGCCUUACAAAGGUAAACUUCAGUGUAUGUUGGCGGCGUUGGUUUAAAAACCAACACAAAGUAGCUGACCGUCUGAAAAGUGUGGCAUGCUUUCGAGCUCAGCCCCAUUUACUCUGAAACCUCUAAAUAAAAUACAGGCUCACUGAUUUCCUUCAGGACUAAUAGUAAAAAUAAGCUCCUCCUCUUUGUAAUUGAAUCUGUUGAGUCUUUACUAAUUAAAUGACUUCUGUGGACAAUUGGAAA